ACAGAGAGAUCUUCCACGGAAAGAGACCCUUCAUCAGUCUCUCUCUCAGUGUGAGACUCUACAGAAAGAUGUUACAUGCGGAGAGACCCUUCACCAGUCUCUCUCUCUCUCAGUGUGAGACUCUACAGAGAGAUCUUCCACGCAGAGAGAACCCUUCAGCAGUUAGUCUCUCUCUCUCUCUCACACACACACAUUUGCACACUGAGAGGGAGCCGGGGUACUUGGACAAGGUGUGAGCACAGAUUCGCCGCCAUGGGAAAGCAGAACAGCAAGCUGAGGCCCGAGAUGCUGCAGGACCUCCGGGAGAACACGGAGUUCUCGGACCACGAGCUGCAAGAGUGGUACAAGGGCUUCCUGAAGGACUGCCCCAGCGGCAGCCUCACCGUGGAGGAGUUCAAGAAGAUCUACGCCAACUUCUUCCCGUACGGCGACGCCUCCAAGUUUGCCGAACACGUUUUCCGCACCUUCGACACCAACGGCGACGGCACGAUAGACUUCCGGGAGUUCAUCAUCGCGCUGAGCGUCACGUCGCGCGGGAAGCUGGAGCAGAAGCUCAAGUGGGCCUUCAGCAUGUACGACCUGGACGGUAACGGCUACAUCAGCCGCGAGGAGAUGCUGGAGAUCGUGCAGGCCAUCUACAAGAUGGUGUCAUCGGUGAUGAAGAUGCCGGAGGACGAAUCCACCCCGGAGAAGAGGACGGACAAGAUCUUCCGACAGAUGGACUUGAACAAUGACGGCAAGCUGUCCCUGGAGGAGUUCAUCAAAGGUGCCAAAAGCGACCCGUCCAUCGUGCGGCUACUGCAGUGCGACCCCAGCAGCGCGUCGCAGUUCUGAGACCCCCUGAGCCCAGCGGGGGAGGGGAUACAAACACACAGUGCAUGAAGGUUCCUGUCUUUUUGUGUACCGGAGGGAAGCGUUUAAAAUAAUCGAAGCGUAAUCAUUUUAAUUUUGUUUCUCGAAAAAGCGGACGCAUAUUCACGAGAGGAAGUCGAAAGUGCCGGGACGUCAGCUCGCUGCCGACAGUCCGUCGUCCGACGCUCUCCGCCGGAGGGGGGUCUGCGGUGGGCGGAGCCAGCGCAGCUGGUGGAAGAGCGUGCGAAGCGGGCGGCGUCGGGCAGAAUCUACAGCUUGGGGUGGAAAACCCACCGUGCGGACGGAGCUCGGCCGGCGCGGCCUGCAGUACCGCGUUUCCUUUUCCCUUUCCAGAAUGCACGGAUUUCCCUCCACUUUUCGAACUGCAUCGAAGGCUCCACGUACGAUGCGUAUAUUACAUGUGUGUACGAAAGCGUGAUUAAAUAUGUAUUUAUAUACACGGCUGCCGCGACGGCAGUAUUUGUACAGCCGAGCAGGGUGACACCAGUAGAAAACUGGACGGCGCUUCCUGGAACUUCCGACUGGCGCUCACGAUUUUUCUUACAGGAAAACAAGAUGAACAAGGGGAAGACCUUGUUUUUUCU